UCCGUACAUUUCUUUGCCCGUGUCAUAGUGUGGUGCUCCACAUAUUUCAAAGUGGCAGUUGGGGUCCCGAUGGGUUCAUGAAGUUGUCUUGACACAUCGAAUCUUCGGAGCAGCAAUGGUACACAAAGAUUAUCCAACAGCUCGACCGGGCAAACGGCGCUUUUUGACACCGCGGUGCAGAUCUCGAUCACUACGUCAAUACAAGAUCUGAUAGACGCACGCAACGUAAACCUGAUAUGCACCUUGACAUCGACCAUGUCUGAGCCCAGCUAUACAGGUUUUAUCCCAUUUGAAACCUCUCGGGGUCACAGUUCGACCUUUUACAAGGUAUUUGGAGACCUAACAUCCGGUGUCAUUCCGGUGAUCAUCCUGCACGGUGGUCCAGGUGCAGGGCAUGAGUACCUUCUUCCAUACACCGUCCUGUGGACAGACUAUGGGAUACCAGUGAUUCUUUACGACGAGGUUGGAUGCGGGCAGUCCUCUCACAUGCACGAGCAAGAUGGUGACAAGACGUUUUGGCUCCCCCAGCUUUUCCUCGAUGAACUCGCCAACCUAAUCAAACACUUCAAACUCGACCGAUAUCACCUCCUUGGUCAGAGCUUCGGAGGUAUGAUGGCUGCUGAAUACGCUACUACCCAACCUAAAGGCCUUCGACGGCUCGUUCUAGCAAGCGCCCUCGCCAGCUCAGAAUCAGGAAGUAAAGGCUACUGGCUAGAAGCAGAGCUCCUUCCCAAAGAAGACCAAGAGGCGAUCCGUGAAGCUGUAGACUCAGGCGAUUAUGACAGUGAAGGGUACAAAACUGCCAUGGACCACUACAGGCGCACGUUCAUGUGCAGGACAACCAAUUUCCCUCCGCCAGAACUCAUACCGGCGUUCAAGAACAUCAGUGAGAGUACCACCUGGAAAACGAUGAAUGGCGACUCGUUAUUUGACAAGUCAAAAGGCAGUAUGACCAGCUGGGAUAUUAUCGCGGGUCUGCACAAGAUCCAAGCUCCGACACUGGUCUACAAUGGGGAGUUUGAUACAUCUCACGACGUGACCACUGUACCAUUCUUUGAAAGGAUCCCCAAAGUACGGUGGAUCACCUUUCCUGAUGCCGGACAUAUGUUACACCUGGAGACAGAGGAGAGGCGAAAGAAGGUGAUGAAGCUGGUCGGGGAGUUCUUAAGUCAAGGACAGUGAUGCGUCUUUGCUUCCGGCGGACCAUAAAGUCUGAGCAGUCGCCCAUUUUCAAUACUCUAUGCAUGAAUGCGAGCGAAG